AUGCAAAUAAGAACAAGCAAUGCAGAUGGUUUCCGGAUUAGUGUUUCAAACACUCCUAGUUGCUCUACAAAUUUUAAUUCUUCUGGGCAUGAUGACAUAGAAUCCUUAGGAGAUGUUUUUCUUUGGGGUGAGAUUUGUUCUGAUGUGGCUUCUGGUGAUGGAUCUGUGAAUGCAUUUCCAUCAAAAGGCGAUAUUACCACUCCUAGGCUCCUAGAAUCAAAUGUAGUUAUAGACGUUCACCAAAUUGCUUGUGGUGUUAGACAUUUAUCUCUUGUAACAAAGCAAGGUGAGCUUUUUACUUGGGGAGAGGAAUCUGGAGGUAGGCUUGGUCAUGGAUUUGAAAAAGACUUUGGCCGCCCACGUCUUGUUGAAUUUCUAGCGGUCACUAAUGUUGAUUACGUCGCAUGUGGUGAGUUUCAUACUUGUGCUAUAUCAACAGCUGGUGAUCUAUAUACCUGGGGAGAUGGGUCCCAUAAUGCUGGACUUCUUGGCCACGGUACUGAUGCCAGUCACUGGAUACCAAAAAGAGUUUCCGGACCUUUGGAAGGACUUAUAGUUUCAUCUGUGGCUUGUAGUACCUGGCAUACAGCGAUGUCAACUGCUGAUGGGAAGCUAUUUACAUUUGGUGAUGGAAAGUUUGGUGUAUUAGGCCAUGGGGAUCGAGAGAGUGUAAAAUAUCCGAAGGAAGUUCAACUUUUAAAAGGGUUGAAGACUAGAAAAGUUGCAUGUGGAGUAUGGCACACUGCCGCAAUUGUCGAGAUCUCAAACCAGCAAGGUGGAAUUUCUACAUCCAGGAAGCUUUUUACAUGGGGUGAUGGGGAAAAGUAUCGAUUGGGUCAUGGAAACAAAGAAACUUGCUUAAAACCAACAUGUAUAUCGGCUCUCAUCGACUACAACUUUCACCAAUUAGCAUGUGGACAUACCAUGACCUUAGGUCUCACAACAUCUGGCCACGUCUAUUCUUUUGGUAGUACUGCAUAUGGCCAACUGGGGAAUCCACAAUCUGAUGGAAAGUUGCCUGCUUUAGUACAAGAUGAAUUGGUGGGUGAAUUUGUAGAAGAAAUUGCAUGUGGAGCUUACCAUGCUGCUGUUCUGACUUCAAGAAGUGAAAUAUUUACUUGGGGAAUGGGUGCAAAUGGAAGACUGGGCCACGGAGACUUUGAAGAUCGCAAAACUCCAACUUUGGUCGAAACGUUAAGAGAUAGGCAUGUUAAAAGCAUAUCAUGUGGUGCAAGUUAUACGGCUAGUAUAUGCAUUCACAAGUGGAUGUCGGGAGCAGACCAAUCAGUUUGUUAUGGUUGUAAACAAGCAUUCGGUUUCACUAGAAAGAGGCAUAAUUGCUACAACUGUGGCCUUGUACAUUGUCAUGCCUGUAGUUCUAGAAAGGCUGUAAGAGCAGCACAGGCUCCGAUUCCAAGCAAACCUCAUCGUGUUUGUGACUCUUGCUAUGCAAAACUUUUAAAGAAGCAUAAUGACAUUGGGAGUAGCAAUACUUAUCACAGGAGAUAUAAUAACCCAUCAGGGGUAGAUGGCAGUAGGAAAGAUAGAGGACCAGGUCGAACAUCUAGGCUACUAAUGUCUCCGAACAUUGAACCAGUCAAAUAUCUUGAGAUCAUGUCGGCAAUGUAUGGGACAAAAGCUGGUUCUUAUUCUUCCGUAAGAGCUUCCCAAGUUCCAUCGUCUCAACAAUUAAAGGAUAUUACAUUCCCUAGCUCCCUCGGUGCAUUUCAUAAUGCUAUGACUAUGAGACCUGCUGUCCCAGCCCCAUCACUUCAAAUGCAGCCACAGUUUCUGCCACCUCCACAGCCUCCCCCUCAACCUCCCCCUCAACCUCUGUCCACCAACACGAGAGCUGCUUCACCUUAUUCAAGAAGACCAAGUACCCCGUGUUCCGGCCCUCCAAUGUUUUCAAGAUGUGUAAUUGAUAAUCUAAAGAAAUCAAAUGAGAUUUUGAACCAAGAAGUCUCCAAGUUGCAUACCCAAGUGAAAACAUUAACGAAGACAAGUGGUCGCCAAGCUGGGGAGAUUCAAAAGUGGAAGAGUCAUGCACAAGAAUAUGCGUCAUUAGUAUCAGACCAAAACGCCAAGUGUCUGGUUGUUGCAGAUGUCUUCAAAUGUGUCAGAUCACAGCUAAACGAGUUUACAGAGAAGCUACCUCCUGAAAUGUCUAAUGAUGAAACUUUCAAAGCUUUGACUUCUAAAGUUAACGACUUUUUGGAAUCAGAUCUGCCUAAUGAAAUUACUUCAUCAAGUAAAAGUAGACACAGAAAAACUAAAGAUGUUAAUGGGGCCAGGAAAACGUCACCAAAGGAUAAUGUGCCUCCACAAAAGAAUAACGGCUCCGCUGGUGGUGAAACUUUAGAACAGGCUAGGCAAUCAAACACACAAGGUGUUUCAAGAGUACCCAAGCAUCCACAAAGAGAUGACAAGAAAGAAGUAAUCGAGCAAUUUGAACCUGGGGUAUAUGUGACUCUGGUUCAACUUUCAAAUGGCACAAAAAUCUUCAAGCGAGUUAGAUUCAGCAAAAGAAGGUUUGUGGCAGAGCAGGCUGAAGAAUGGUGGAAGGAAAACAAAGAAAAGGUAUACAAGAAAUAUAGUCCGGCAAAGUCAAACAGCACUCCAAGUACAUCUGCAGCUCAAUCACCCUCUAACAAGGAACCAUCAGCAUCUAGUUAGCUCGGUGUUUUUUCAGUUGAACCAUCAGCAAGAAGUUGGUCUUUAGUUUAGUGUGAAUGACUGGCCUGAAUCUGAAGUUUACCAACUGUCCGGCUUGAUUCAUGCAAACAGCUU